AUGUCUGAUAACGAGAUUGAUACUGUAGGCCUCAAAGCGAAAGACAAACGAGGCAUGUUUUCCAAAAUGAGGUCAUGGUUUUCGCGCAAGCCUAAGCAAAGGCGAGAUUCCGCCCCGUCGACUCCCUCGAAGCCAGACGAAGACGAUCAAGGUGAUUACGAUGAUGGAAUCGAUUUCGAUUCCACUACGCUGACGGACAUGCCUCACCAGAAUCUGCCCCAGCGAGGCCCAAGCGAUCAGAAACAUGAAGAAAGAGUCGGAUCUUUGCAAAACCCUCACCAAUUAAGCCAGCAUCCGCAGUCAUCUGGCCUUCAAGAUGAACUGGCACGAAAAUUAAAAGAGCGAAAUCAAUCACAAAACUGGACACCAGAAGAGAGAGGCACCCGAGAAAUCAGCAGAAAGCCGAAGAGCAAAAACGACAGCCAAGAUCAAGACUCAACGAAUUCAAUGCAUCGAAACCCAGUCAGUCCUCGUAGCCAUGGCGGAGAUCAAGCAAAAGUAUCUACCUCAAAGACUGCCUUCGCGAAAGGCAACGAAAUCCGUGCUUUGUACAAUACAAAGAAGAGUACGAGCAAUCUAGGCAACAGUGGCCAUUCCGGACAACCAAUUCUUUCGCCAUUUGGCAAUCAUGGCGACAGUAUGCCUGACAGAUCGGUUAUGGAGGCAGUCCUAAGAGUACAAGAAAAGAUCAACCAAAAAGCUUGCAUAUCUGAUUCCGAGGACGACGAGCCGAUUGAUUACAAAGAGCAGAGCUCGAUUCACCAGCAACUUGCGCGCCGCGACACCAUUGCUCGUCAGAAAGAAAUCAAGAGUUUAUUGGAAAAAGCGCAAAGCGACGAUAACAAAGAACAGAAAAAUAACAUUAAACUUCAACUCUCUCGACGACUGUCGCAACGACCAUCAGCGAGCGAAAUCAAAGAACGCGGUAUUCUCAAAGUCAAAUCGAAUCAAGAGCAGCGCGAAGAAAAGGAGAAAAUCAAGAGGGAACUUUCGAGGCGUCUGUCUCAACGGCCAUCGGUUCAAACUCUGAUGAAAAAGAAUGUUAUCAAAUUUGAGGAAUACGUUGAUGUCUACGAGAUUCAGUACGUUGACCGGCGCGCUGACAAGCCCUGGACGAGACUGACUGCUGCGGAGAAAGCUUCUAUUCGAAAGGAACUAAAUCAAUACAAGGCAAACGAGAUGGAGGUCCACGAAGAGAGUCAAUUCUACACUAGAUUUCACCGGGAGUAA